AUGAAGCUACUAGGGUGGUGGCUGAUGCUUGUGGGCACCCUCCGAUUAGCUUCGGUGUGGUUCGGAUUCUUCGAUAUAUGGGCUCUUCGCCUCGCCGUUUACUCCAAAUCCACCAUGACUGAAGUUCAUGGCCGCACUUUUGGUGUUUGGACAUUGUUGACUUGCACUCUUUGCUAUCUAUGCGCUUUCAACCUUGAUAACAAGCCUCUAUAUUUGGCCACGUUUCUAUCCUUCAUCUAUGCGUUUGGCCAUUUCCUGUCGGAGUAUCUGAUUUACCACACAAUGGUUAUUGGAAAUCUGACAACUAUUGGCAUUUUUGCUGGUAAUGCUCACCGCACUUGGAAUUCACACCAACCAGUCAAGGCUAAGCCUCAAUGA